ACAAUCAGCUGCUACGAAUCCCGGGUAGUCCCGUCAAAGACCGUAAAAAUUGGCAUUAGUAUUCGACACGCGUGAAACAUUAGGUGGAAAUGAGGUGUUAUAAAUAAAUUAAUUCAGACGUGGAUUUUCCAGGCGAAAUGGCGAGCCUACAAAAGUCUUACCACGACAGGUCGCAGGAUUCUCCUUCAAUGGAAUCGAUCGAGCCUGCUAGUCUACUGGAGGCUAAUAUAAGGGCUGGAGUGACGAAUGAAAAUCAUCUUCAGAGUCUUGGCUUGACAAUGGAACACGGUAGACCAAGAUUCAAGUUAGACGAACCUGUGACCAGCCAGAUUGGUCUCAGCAUGCCAGGGUCUGGUCUAACCACUUUUCCCGCAGCUCCGAUUACUCUGGAUCAAGACGAGGAAUCAUUCGUUGUUUUGGGAAGAGAUUCAAUGAAUUCGAUACAAACCUCUUCGAUGGCAUCAUAUGCUCAGAUUCAACAGAAGAGUAUGUCGACUGAUUACAGCUCGUUGAUUUCCUCAUUGAGCAUUGAAGAGACGCAAAAAAAGAUCAAGGAACUACUUCAAGAAAAUGUCAAACUCAAGGAAACGUUGAAGCAAAAUAAUUUGGCCAUGAAACAACAGUUCAAUGUUUUGGCAGCGUGGCAAGAAGAGAUAAUGAAAGUGCAUCAGAGCCAUAAGCAAAAAUUCACUGAAACUAAGGCACUAAUCAAUCAGUUGAGGAAGGAAAACACAGAAUUAAAACUCAAGGCUGCAAAGGACUUGGUAUCGUCGAACACCAACGAUUCACGGAUGGGAGAGCUAGAAGCCCAGCUGCAAAAAACCAUACUUUCCCAAAGUGCACUUCAGUCUGCAAGGGAAGUUGAACUUGAAGAGGAAAAUUCUAAGCUAGUUAAGGAACUGACUGAUGCAAAGAUAGCUUGUAACGGGUUGACCGCUGAUGUCGAACGUUACACAGCUUUAUCCAACCGCCUUAGUCUGCAGUUAAAGCAGGCUGAGUUCACAAUUCAAAAGUUGAAACUUGACUUGGAAAAAUUGAACUUAAAUUUAAAGGAAAAAGAAGAGCUGGCAAGCCUUGCAGAUUUCAGUAUAGUUUCUACGUCAGAACAAACCAAGCCAUCCACACCGUGGCAAGAUAAAAUUAUUGAACAAGAAAAGGAGAUUGAAUAUCUUCGUGGACUGACCAAUUCUUUGGAAUGCCAGUUGAAUCUUUCCUCUCAAAAUACAUUUGUGCCAAUUGAAAUUCGAACUAGUGACUCCAGCCAUCAGCCCUCUCCAGAUCGUGUGCAGUUCAACGAAAAUGUAAAACAAUACAACGAAAUAUUAGUCCGUUUAACGGAAUAUUAUGCUAACUAUGCAACGCGAUAUAUUGAUGUACAAGAGUGUCUGAAGGAAUCGAUCGACCUUUUGCAAGACUUAGAGCAUACGAAAAAGAAAGAAGGACUUGGUGUUAAUGAGCAGGAAAGGUGUGACAAGAUAAAAAGCUGCCAAGCCAGAUUGACCGAAGAGUGGCGGGCUAUGAUUAACGAAAAGCAAGAGUUGACCAAAGCUCAAACUCAAUUCCAAAAAAUAUUCUCCGAUUACAACUCGUUGUUGUACGAGCUGGAAAUUUUGCACGAGGAAAAUGAUAAGCUGAGUUCCUCAAAAGAAAACAAUGUCAAAGUGGCGGUGACACAAGAAAGUCCACAAAAAUCGGCAACUGACGAUGAGCAAAAUUUGGCCAAGCAAAAACUACUUCUAAAAGCUAUGGAAUCAAGUAUUUUGCAAGAAAAAAAUAAUCUGCGUGAAGAAAAGAAAGCAAUCGAUGCACUGAAAGCUGAACGUAAAAAACAGGAUCAAGAGGAAGUGAUAAAAUUGCAAGGAAGCAUCAAAAAUUUACAGACUAGAAACGUAUUCUUAGAAAAAUGUCGAACAACUGAUAAGGAAAAAGUCGAGCAAUUGAAUCUGGAGAUUAAAUCUUUGAAAUCAGAGGCUGAAAGAAUCCUUGUGUUACAAGAACAAUUGGAAAUUUACAAGGCAGAUUUUAACGAGGAAAGAGAAGCCAGGGAACGACUGUCAGGAGAAAAUGAUGUACUUAUUCAACAAUUGAAAAAUAUGCGUCAGAUGCACGUGGAUUUCGUUAAAAAGUUGGAAGGGAAUUCGUCGCCAAGAGGACAACAGCAGUCGCAGCAACAACAACAACAACGACACCAACAACAACAACAAUCAGCAACGGCUAGUGGAGACGAACGUCGUGGAAUGGAUUCGGACGAUGUACCAACCUCAAUAAUCACUGCAUUUUCAUGUCCAAAGUGCAGCCUGUCUUUCAGAGCGCUAAGACCUCUCCAGGAGCACGUCGAAGUAUGUUUAGAUCUUCAGUGACGGUAUCUUGGCAUUUUUUUUUUUUUUAAUACAGUUUUCCAGCCAUUACUGUUACUUCUGUGGUAAGUUCAAAAGUAGUGGUGAACGGCAUGGAUGGCAUCUUUGCACUGUAAUCGACUGAAUAUGAUUGUCCUCAACCACUCAUUAUUGAGCAACAGGAUGGAUUUCAACUUCUCUGUUUCCUGUAGUUUCACGCAGUAGAGCCUUUGUACAGAUAUUACCAUGUAGAAUAACAAUUUUUAUCUACCCUAACUUAGACGUAAUAUGUGUAUAACGUGUUUAGUUUGUAACGAGAUUACUCAAAUAUGUAUUAUCAACAUUAUUUUCGACAUGUAACAAUGUGAUUUAUUAUUGUGACGAUUUGUUUUAGAAUUUUAUCCUUUAUUUCUUAUUCACUUCAUUUAUCAGUUUUCAUAGGGCGAUGAUUGUAUUCUCUAUAAAAUAAAAAAGUCAAAUUAUCUAACAAUAUAGAAAAAAAGAUAUGACCGAAAAGUUCGGUGCUUAUUUUCAGAUAUAGUAUACAAAUAAAAAUAUUGAAAUAA